AUGCAAAAAGCAUGUUUUCAAAUUUACAUUUGCGUCGUUGUCGGUGCUUGUGACAACAGCAUCGAUCAGUGUCACGUGUCAAACACUCAUGCAAAUCGUCUUUUCAAUGUGCCGAAGAUGAUUCCGUCAUCUGGGGACAUCCGUUUGGCAGCCAUGGCAGUGUGCAAGUCGAGAAGCAUUCUGGUGGGAGGAGACACACCACAAACACUGUGUAAAGUUCAGACACUGGGUGAUCACGAUUUUGACAAUUUGAAAAGUCCCCACUCUAAGCUACAAAGGGAACAGGCUUUCUUCAAUCAACCGUUGACGGGGCCAAAUAGUUGUAUUACUGAGAUUUCCUUGAGGAGCAUCAAACCCACGAUACCAUCCUCAACUUGUAAGCGGAAAAAGAAAAAACCUGCUGUUCAAUUUCACUCCAGAAGGACUCAGCAAGACGCAGAAGUGUAUCCCUUCAUUCCACUGAUACAAAACCUUCCCAUUGUUGAACAGGAAGUAAUUGUUGUUGAGGAUAAGCACGCUCGUACAGGCACCAAAACUGCUUCCGAAAAACACGCAGAAGUAGCCGGUGCCACAGUUCAAAAAAAUACUCGUCAGUCAUCCGCACUAAAAUGUUCUAAAAAAGACACCUUCAACAGUCACCAGAGGCACGAAUGUGGUACCUUUAACAUGAUAAUGGAAAGGGAUUACCUUAGUGAUCUAAAACGACCAAAGGAAUGUAAGGCAGUUCAGGUGUCUAUGCGCUACCAACACACGUUAUCUCCCACAGAUGGUGAGUGGGUCCGUGCUCUAAAAAGCGAAUCCUACACACUAGAAAACACCAUUCAAUCACGUCAGUAUCACGAGUGUACGGUCAUUGAUAAUAAAGACACUGACACAAUAGUGUCGGACCAAGAUAUUUCUUCGGAGAUGUUUUCGCAGCCAUCCGAAAAGCACUGUCGACCUAGUAAAAGGAGUUACGGCGCCUCGAGGAGCGUUGAAACGCAGCCUUUAUCAAUUAAUCACGCCCCACUGAGGGAGGAAUUUUCCAAAACUUCGUGUACAGUGGAUCUGGUUAACGCAGAUGCAAGCUGUACCGAUGAAGAGGCACAAGCAUGCCCCUUAGAUGAAAGCGUCGGAUCGAAGGAGACACAAAUCGGUCUCUCAGAGGCUUUCAUAAAUGCCCUCCUUCAGGUGCAUGAAAAGUCCUUUGUAAAUGGCCUUUUGGGCCGAAUAGAACAAAUAAGGUUCCGUUAA